ACUGCAACACCGUUUUAGAACGUGAAGUGGCCAUAUUCCCACAAUGCAAGUCUGUCUGUAGCUGGUCCAGAAGAGCCAAGAUGGCGGACUUUGAGGAGCAGCUUUCGGAUGAGGAGAAGGUCCGCAUAGCCGCCAACUUCGUCACCCACGCUCCUCCUGGCGAAUUUAACGAAGUGUUUAACGAUGUGCGGCUGCUGCUCAACAACGACAAUCUCCUCAGGGAGGGGGCGGCACAUGCCUUUGCCCAGUACAACAUGGAUCAGUUCAGCCUCGCCAAAAUCGAAGGGUAUGAGGAUCAGGUCCUGAUCACGGAGCACGGAGACCUGGGCCACGGACGCUUCUUCGACCCGCGCAACAAGCUGUCCUUCAAGUUCGACCACCUGAGGAAGGAGGCCAGCGACCCGCAGCCCCACGAGGGGGAGGCGGCCCUGCAGUCCUGGCGGGACGCCUGUGACUCCGCCCUCAAGGCUUACGUCAAGGAGCACUACCCGACCGGCGUGUGCACGGUUUAUGGGAAAACAGUGGACGGCCAGCAGACUAUCAUCGCCUGCAUCGAGGGUCAUCAGUUCCAACCGAAGAACUUCUGGAACGGCCGCUGCAGGUCCGAGUGGAAGUUCAGCCUUGGCCAGGGUUCGGCUCAGGUGGCAGGGGUGCUCAAGGUUCAGGUGCAUUACUAUGAAGACGGAAACGUCCAGCUGGUCAGCCAUAAGGAUGUGCAGGAAUCACUGACUCUGUCCAAUGAAACCCAGACUGCCAAGGACUUUGUGAAAAUCAUUGAAACCGCAGAAAACGAUUACCAGACUGCAAUCAACGAGAACUACCAGACCAUGUCCGACACCACGUUCAAAGCCCUGCGCCGACAGCUGCCCGUCACUCGCACCAAGAUCGACUGGAACAAGAUCCUCAGCUACAAGAUCGCCAAGGAGAUGCAGAGCGCCUAGACCCGUGGACCUGGGCCCGUGUGGGGGGGCGCGAGGGGGGGGGGGGGGGGGGGUGUACGAAAAUAAUGAAAAUGAAAAUGGAACUGGAACAGGAAGUCUGGUCUCAGAAUGUGUGGUUGUGUUUUGGGUUUUUUUUUUUUUUUGGUUUGUUUUGUUUUUAAAAGGUCAAGGGUCAUGUCUGGUGCGUGCGGGAAUAAAGAGAGGGACUGCUUCACUUUGCCCCAACUGAGGGAGAGCGCUUUGCUUCAUAACAGGUCACGCAGUGAGGGGGGAAACCGGGCUUUUCUUGCAUUCUGAACCGAUUCACCUUGCCAUAAAAUUACAGAGACUGGCAAAACGUUCAGGCUUCCCUUAUGGAAAUGGCAUGUAUUUGAAAAUAUACCUAAAUAUAUUAGCAACAUAUUAGAACACUUCACGACAUAUUGGCACAUAUACAAAUUAUUGCAACUUUAAGGUAUUGUAAUAUAUACUGCUGUAAAAAUAUAGUAUCAUGUUUUCCAUUAUUUAACACUGUAAUAUUGCAUUGUAAUGCAUUUCCAUAAGGGCUGCUAGGCAACUCGCCAAUGCCCCCCCUGCCCCCCCCCCUCUUUAGACCACCUCUGUUUGAAGACCCCCAGGGUCCUAAAGGUACCACGUGAACCCAAGGUUGGGGCCAGACCAGGCGCGAUCAGCAAGGGCACUAACUGCAUCUCGCCCUCCCCAGUGCACUUCUGCAGCGUGGGUUUGCCCUCUGAAAGAGGAGGAGCUUAUUCAGAGGGGGCCGUGUUGUUUGAUUGAAAUCUUUCCCAUGGAAAAGAUCUCCAUAGUACAGUUGAGUUGCACGCUGUACAUGCAUAUACAGUAUAGAGAUUUGUAUGUGUGUAUAUAUAUGUGUACAUACAUGCAUAAAUAUACACACACACACACAUAUAUAUAUAUGAAACCAAAUUAUGCAAUUUUAUUUUAUUCAAAGUCUUAAGGCAGCAGCUCAUACUGUAACCUACUGUACCUGCAGGAUUGCGCUUCAUUUGGCUGUCCGUGUCCACAAGCACGGUAAAAAUGCACUGAAGGCCAAAAUGGUGAAAUAAGUACUUCUGUCAUCUCUGCAUCCUCACACUACCAUGAACUGGCCACCACCGAUGCUAACAGCCUGCCUGUACAGAAACCAUGGGGGUGAGCCGCUUUACUGCUGCAGUCCACUGCCCCCUUCUGGUGUAAUAUAUAAGUGCAGAUGAUAAAGUGGUGAGAUCAAAUGCUAAUGUCUCUGUAGAUGUCCUUCCUUUCCCUGGCUUUUAUUGCUGAAUAUUUUUACAUAAUGUAAGAACAAAUGUGUAAUUCAAAGAGAAUAAAAGAUUUGCACCAAAUUA